GCAGGUUUUAUAGCAGGCACAUAUAUCAUCAGGAACCUAUCUGUAGGAAUCUGUAGCACACAUUUAGAGUUUGAACUAAAAUGGUGGAAGGGGGGGCGGUGACUAAACCUGAUAAGACAGAGUUUAGUGAAUGUUGGAGAACGUCAUGGCAAACACCGUAUAUCAUGAAGAUGGCUUUAUCGGCUGGCAUCGGUGGUCUCCUUUUUGGCUACGACACAGGAGUCAUUUCCGGUGCACUUCUCUACAUUCGUGAAGAUUUCAGGUCUGUCGACAGGAAGACAUGGCUGCAGGAAACCAUUGUCAGCAUGGCUGUCGCUGGAGCCAUCAUUGGUGCUGCAGUAGGUGGAUGGAUUAAUGAUAGGUUUGGUAGGAAAAUAUCACUUUUGUUGGGUGAUUUGCUGUUCUUUGUUGGUGCUGUAGUUAUGGCAUCGGCUCCAUUCCCGGGAAUGAUCAUUGUUGGACGAAUAUUUGUGGGGUUUGGAGUUGGAAUGGCUUCCAUGACUGCACCUUUGUACAUUUCAGAAGCUUCCCCUCAUAGAAUCAGAGGUGCCCUUGUUAGCACAAACGGUUUGCUGAUCACCGGAGGCCAGUUCUUGUCGUAUCUCAUUAAUCUUGCUUUCACCCAUGUAAAAGGAACCUGGCGUUGGAUGCUUGGCGUUGCAGGAAUUCCUGCCCUUGUUCAGUUUGUGCUAAUGUUGGGCCUCCCUGAGUCUCCCAGAUGGCUGUUCAUAAAUGACAAGGAAGAGGAAGCUCGUGAAAUCUUAGCAAGGAUCUACCCUGAAGACGAAGUAGAAGGAGAGAUGGAAGCACUACGCGCUUCUGUUGAAUCUGAAAGGGAAAUGAAGGAGUCAGAAGGAAAUCUGCUGCAGCGGCUGAAGGAUGCUUGGGGUAAUAAAGUUGUUAGAAGAGGACUCUAUGCUGGUGUUACCGUUCAAGUUGCUCAGCAAUUUGUAGGCAUUAACACAGUAAUGUAUUAUAGUCCUACCAUAGUUCAGUAUGCAGGAUAUGCUUCGAACAAGACAGCUUUAGCUCUGUCUCUUGUAACAUCUGGUCUCAACGCUGUUGGAUCCGUCAUCAGCAUGUUUUGCGUAGAUAAGUAUGGGAGGAGGAAGCUGAUGAUCAUAUCUAUGUUUGGUAUUAUUGUUUGCCUGGUGAUACUAUCUGCUAUCUUCUUCCGCGCUGCUUCCACCUCACCAUCUGUAAGUACUUUUGAGUCUGAAAGUUUUGGGAAGAACUCUACUUGUCCGGCCUACGUGGAUGCACCAGAUCCAUCAUCCUGGGACUGCACGAAAUGCCUGGAAUACUCGGGUUGUGCUUUCUGUUCAAAUAAGCAGGGUAAGUAUAAAACCGGAGCUUGUCUGGACCUCAAUGAUGAUGUAAGGGACUCCUGUCGAUCUGAGAAAAGAACGUGGUACACGAAGGGCUGUCCGAGCAAGAUAGGAUUCGCUGCAAUCAUAUUCUUGGGACUUUACAUUUUGUUUUUCUCUCCCGGAAUGGGGACAGUGCCUUGGGUUAUAAACUCCGAAAUCUAUCCACUGAAAUACAGAGGCCUUGGUGGAGGAAUAGCUGCAGUUGCUAACUGGUGUUCAAAUCUCCUUGUGAGCGAGACAUUCUUGACACUGACUACAGCUCUCGGCUCUUCUGGAACUUUUCUCCUCUUUGCUGGUUUUUCGAUCAUCGGGCUGGUGGGAAUAUUUUUCCUGGUACCAGAAACUAAAGGUCUGUCAUUUGAGGAGGUUGAGAAGCUGCUUAAAAAAGGGUAUUCUCCUUUCAGGAAACAUGAAGACAAAGAUGAUGAUUGAUGUAUGUAUAUCAAUCACUUGAACUUAAAAACUGGAUAGGAUCACAGAACAAAGCAUUGCUCGAAGCUGCUUAAUCUUAUAUUGCAUAACUCUUGAAUAUCUGCAGAGCAGCAGCAAAAGUAGUUCUGUAGUUGAACUUUUGUGUUUCUAGCUUUCUGCAUGAAUAAUCUCAUACACAUUGUAUAGAUUCUAUGCUUACUCUUAUGUAUAAUGACGAUAGACCUAUAUAUAAGAAGCUCGUGUCCUCGUUUUGCUUGUUCA